AUGGAGUGCACCUACGUCGUGUGGCUCCCCUUCGACGGCCUCGGCAACCGCAUUCUAUCCAUGCUGAGCGGCUUCCUCUACGCCCUGCUCACCGAUCGCGUCCUCCUGGCCGCCUGGCCCCCGGACUCGGCUGACCUCUUCUGCGAGCCGUUCCCAGGCCCGACGUGGCGGCUCCCCGUGGAGGACUUCCCCGUUGCCAACCUGUUCGGGGUCGGGCAGAACAUGGAGCAGUCGUACACGAGGCUGGUUGGUGGCAAGGUGGUCGGCACAGCCACGAACGCGACAGCGGCCAUGACUCCGUCGUACGUGUACCUGAGCCUAGGGUAUCGACUCCGGGAUAGGAUCUUCUUCUGCGGCGAGCACCAGCGCGUGCUCCGCAAGGUCAACUGGCUGCUGCUGUACAGCGACCUCUACUUCGUGCCGUCGCUGUAUGAGGUAGCCGAGUUCCAGGACGAGCUUGGGCGACUGUUCCCGGAGAAGGAGAGCGUGCACCACCUCCUGUCCCGGUACCUGCUCCACCCGGCCAACCCCGUGUGGAGCUUGGUCAUCAGGUACUACCGCUCGUACCUGGCUCCGGCGACACGGAGGAUCGGCGUGCAGAUCAGGAUGUACGGCCACUCCUCAAUCCCGGCCGAUGACAUGUACAACCAGAUCCUCAAUUGCUCCAGGCAGGAGCACAUACUACCGGAAACCACCAACGACGAUGACAAGGCUGUGACGCCGACCGCGUCCGACUACUACAAGAGUCUGAGGUCGAAGUACUCCACGCCGCACGUGGCGAAGGGCGGCGGCGCGACGAGGGUAAGCGUGUUCCAGCGGACACACGAGGAGCGGCAGGCGACUGAGAACCUGGCGCACAACCAGAAGGCGCUCGUGGAGAUAUACUUGCUCAGCUUCUCCGAGGAGGUGGUCACAUCCGGCCUGUCCACGUUUGGGUACGUCAGCAGCGGCCUCGCCGGCAUCCGGCCAGCGAUCCUGCUCACCGCGUUCAACCACAAGGUUCCUGACACGCCGUGCCGGCGGGCAGUGUCCAUGGAGCCCUGCAACCUCACGCCACCCCGGGGCCUCAAGUGCCGGGACAAGCCCGCGGACCUGGCACGCCAUAUCAAGGUCUGCGAGGAUUUCAAGGAUGGGGUCAAGUUUUUUUGA